UCAUGAACGCGCAUUUGACACCAAAUCCUCUAGAUUACUGGACCCCGUGCCUCGCCAAGGGAAAGAAGAUUGUCUUAUCGUACCAACGGUGUUUUUAUUCGCUAUAUAUACAUUCAAGUGACUUUGGGGAAUCGAAUAUAACAGUUAAUGGAAUAUAAUUAUUUUGAAGGGUCGAUUCUGUAGCUUUUCUGUCUGCUCUUUGGUUGAGGAAAGAGCCCUGCUGUUUGCGUUGUCAGGCCAGUGUUGGUUUUUCUGAGUUAAGGAACAGCAGCAACUUCCCGUGCUUACUUUGCACUGUGAAAGUCUAUUCUUUGGACAGAAAUACAAUGCCUGGAGACAUCAAAGUGAAUAUUGUUGGCGUAAGAAUCAAGAAUAGCCCAUGAUGUCGUUGGAACUUCAUUUUGUUUUGGGAUAACUGAUAUCGUUGCCAUAAUAACGCGUUGACCAUCAAUGAUUUCAGUCUAACAGUAUUUGAAAUCAUUCUGAAUUGUUAUAACACUGCAACAUAUUGAAUAUGCCACCUCGGAGUCUGCUUGACUCAGAAGAACACACCGAGGGACCUAAGUAAACACAACAAUUCAAGUCCUAUACGGUAGAAUGCACUGAUGAUCUUCGAAUUGCUGGAUAUUCAUUCCUUUGUCAACUGUCUAUCGGGAGAAGGCUGGCUUGAAAAUGGCAUCCUUUUUCAAUUUUCGUAAAAUCUUUAAAUUGGGUGCUGAGAAGAAGAAGAAACACUACGAGCAUGUCCACAGAGAUGAGAACCCAGAGGAGAUAUGGGAGAUCAUUGGAGAACUGGGGGAUGGAGCCUUUGGAAAAGUCUAUAAGGCCCAGAACAAGCUAACAGGCAUUCUGGCUGCAGCUAAAGUGAUCGAUACCAAGACGGAGGAGGAGCUGGAGGACUAUAUGGUAGAGAUCGAUAUCCUGGCCUCCUGCGACCAUCACAACAUAGUGAAGCUGCUGGACGCCUUCUACUACGACAGCAAGCUGUGGAUCCUGAUAGAGUUCUGUGCAGGUGGAGCGGUGGAUGCCGUCAUGCUGGAGCUAGAGAGGCCCCUGACAGAGCCCCAGAUCCGGGUGGUGUGUAAGCAGACCCUCCAGGCCCUCCUCUACCUCCACGACAACAAGGUGAUCCACAGAGACCUGAAGGCUGGGAACAUCCUGCUAUCCCUGAACGGAGACGUCAAACUGGCUGACUUUGGUGUGUCGGCCAAAAAUACCAAAACACUACAGAGGAGAGACUCUUUCAUCGGGACGCCAUACUGGAUGGCCCCGGAGGUGGUGAUGUGUGAGACGUUUAAGGACCGCCCGUACGACUACAAGGCUGACAUCUGGUCCCUGGGGGUGACUCUGAUCGAGAUGGCCCAGAUUGAGCCUCCCAACCACGAGAUGAACCCUAUGAGAGUCCUGCUGAAAAUAGCCAAGGCCGAUCCUCCUACCCUGAUGCAGCCGUCGCGCUGGUCUCCAGAGUUCAGUGAUUUCCUAAGAAAGUGCCUCGAUAAGAAUGUGGACAACAGAUGGAAUGUGGCACAACUUCUACAGCAUCCAUUUUUGAGUACUGUGACAGACAGCAGACCGCUGAGGGAGCUGAUCGCUGAAGCAAAGGCUGAGGUUUACGAGGAGAUUGAGGAACACAAGGAGGAAGAGGAGGAGGAGGAGGAUGGAGAGACACAUCGGGGUCACAAACGUGCACCGUCCGAUGCCAGUGUUGCCAGCUCGGACGAUGAGAAGCUCCCUCAGUCUCCCUCAGCCUCCAUCUUGGAGUCUUUACCGGAGAAGGCUGAACCGGUUAUUCUAACACCACAGAUUGUUGAAAAGGUCCCUGAACCAAGCGUCGUCAAACCAGAGGAGAACCUGGUUGUGGACACUAGCUUGGUCGAGGAGCCUGCUGUCCCUGCAGAAGUGGAGAAAAUGGAUGAGACCCUUGGUGUUGCAAUAAAUGGAGAGACAACAGAAGCCAGUGAGAAACCAGUAGAGGUGAAGGAAGAGGAGGAGAAGGUUCCAGAAAUAACAGAGGUUUCCCCAACAGAACCCAGUGAGAUCGCUUCUUCAGAACCAGCUGAGAAACCAGCAGAGCCCCAACCAGACGGAACCGUUUCCAAUGCUGAAGUCACCAUAGCCGACAAGGAGAUGGAACAACUGGCAAUAUCCAAUCAAGAUGAAAAGGAAGUGGACACAGCUGAGGUCCAGGCGAAUGAGAUCACCGCAGAAGGGUCAGAGGCCAAGGAAAAGCCAACAGGAGACAAGAUGGAAGUUGAGGAGGAACCAGCCAACGAGGAGCUUAGCAGGGAAGCAAAGGUUACCGUGACAAACCCAGAGGAGACUAAGGUGGAAGACAAACUCACACCUGCAUCUCCAGCGGUCUGUAAAGAGGAGGAAGGAGAGAAAGAGAGAGUGGAGUAUAAGCCAACUGCGGAGACAGGGACUCCAGGGAAGUCUAAGGAUGAGAAGGAGAGGGAUUCGGACUCUGGGAGUAGUUCUGCUGCAGAUAACGGCAGCAUAGACAUGAACCUGUCCAUCUCCAGCUUCCUGACCAAAACCAAGGAGCCAGGACCCCUCUCCAUACAGGACACCAAGCGCCAGAAGAAGACACUGAAGAAGACCCGUAGGUUCGUGGUGGAUGGAGUCGAGGUUAGCGUGACGACGUCGAAGAUCAUCACCGACAAUGACACCAAGAACGAGGAGAUGAGGUUCCUCAGGCGUCAGGAGCUGAGGGAGCUGCGUUUCCUGCAAAAAGAGGAACAGAGGGCCCAGCAGCAGCUCAGCAAUAAACUGCAGCAGCAGAAAGAGCAGAUAUGCCGCCGCUUCGAACAGGAGACGACCAGUAAGAAGCGCCACUACGACCAGGAAGUGGAGAACCUGGAGAGACAGCAGAAGCAGACCAUCGAGAGGCUGGAGCAGGAGCACACCAACCGGCUGAGGGACGAGGCCAAGCGCAUCAAGGCCGAGCAGGACAAGGAGCUGUCCAAGUUCCAGAACAUGCUCAAGAACCGCAAGAAAGAGGAGCAGGAGUUCCUGCAGAAACAGCAGCAGGAGCUGGACUGCGACCUGAAGAAGAUCAUCCAGCAACACAAACACGAGCUGGCCACCAUCGAGAGAGACUGUCUCAACCACAAACAACAGCUCCUCAGAGCACGAGAAGCAGCCAUGUGGGAGCUGGAAGAGCGCCACCUACAGGAGAAACACCAGUUGUUUAAACAACAGCUGAAAGACCAGUACUUCAUGCAGAGACACCAGCUGCUCAAGAGACACGAGAAGGAGAUGGAGCAGAUGCAGCGCUACAACCAGCGUCUGAUAGAGGAGAUGAAGAACAGGCAGACACAGGAGAGGGCCCGCUUACCCAAGAUCCAGCGCAGCGAUGCCAAGACGCGCAUGGCCAUGUUCAAGAAGAGCCUCCGAAUCACUGGGGGCCCCAUCACACCCGAGCAGGAGAGGGAGAAGAUCAAACAGUUUGCAGCCCAGGAGGAGAAGAGGCAGAAGAAUGAGAGGCUCCACCAGCACCAGAAACAUGAGAACCAGAUGAGAGACCUGCAACUGCAGUGUGACGCCAACAUCAGGGAGCUGCAGCAGUUACAGAAUGAGAAGUGCCACAUCCUGAUAGAGCACGAGACCCAGAAGCUGAAGGAGCUGGAUGAAGAGCACAGCCAGGAGCUGAAGGAGUGGAGGGAGAAACUACGACCCAGGAAGAAGGCUCUGGAGGAAGAGUUUGCCAGGAAGCUUCAGGAGCAGGUGGUCUUCUUUAAGAUGAGUGGAGAGUCAGAGUGCCUUAACCCCUCAGCCCAGAGCCGCAUCUCCAAGUUCUACCCCAUCCCCAGUGUCCACACCCCUGGCUUCUAGGGGUUAACCCUAUCAUGACACUCCGGAUGGACAUGAACAUAUAUCCACACCCACAUAUUGAAGGCACACACAAUGAAUAGAUAUACACACUCCAGAUGGAUACACACAUACACACACACACACACACACACACACACACACACACACACACACACACACACACACACACAGACUAAUAAGACUGAGCCUCUGCUGCCUUGCCCUGUCUCCACUGAUGACAUUCGGGGAUGAAGGGGCGAUAUCUCCGAGGGGGGUGUGUACCCCUCUAUCGUUUUCUGGACGAGGAUGGGACAGUAGCCCUCAAGCUACAGACUGUGUUAAUCAUGAAGACCUUUUUAAUGGUGAUCUGUUAUAUAUAAUUUACCCCUUUUUCAUUAUAUAGAGUCGUGUUCAGUCGGGCACACCGUAGCAAGAGUUUGAAUUUGUGUUUUUAUUGUAGAAGUAGUACCUCCGCAUUUCACUCCAUUUCAAAUCAUUUUCCACUGACUGAAAAAAAGAAACAGUUUUAUUUCUUAUAGCUUCCUCUUUUAAAAUGAGUUAUGAAGGAGAUUCUUGACAUUAUGCAUUUUCAAAUUUGAUACUUUGGCACUCUGUUCCUCAAAUCCUUGCCUCCAAGUCACUAAAGUGUCUCAGGCAGAUUACAUUUUUCACUGACGAUUCUUUUUCAUUUGUGAAUCUUUUUUUUCUUCUUGAAGAAUCUAGUGCCUGUAUACUUUUAUUUCAAUGGACUGGCUUUUCAAAUGUAAGCUUCCUCUGAAAAGAAACUAUUGCUGCUUGAUUUUUAUACCAUUAGUUAUUUGCACUAAAUCAGGGCUGCCCAACCCUCUUCCUGUAGAUCUACUGUCCUGUAGGUGUUCAGUCCAACCCUAAUUAAGCAUAUCUGAUUCAGCUAGUUAAGGUCUUGUUGCGCAGCUAAUUAGUAGAAUCAGGUAUGUGAAAUUAGGGUUGGACUGAAAACCCACAGGACGGUAGACCCCCAGGAAGAGGGUUGGGCUGAAAAGACACAGGAAGGUAGACCUCCAGGAAGAGGGUUGGGCUGAAAAGACACAGGAAGGUAGACCUCCGGGAAGAGGGUUGGGCUGAAAACCCACAGGAAGGUAGACCUCCAGGAAGAGGGUUGGGCUGAAAACCCACAGGAAGGUAGACCCCCAGGAAGAGGGUUGGGCUGAAAACCCACAGGACGGUAGACCUCCAGGAAGAGGGUUGGGCUGAAAACCCACAGGAAGGUAGACCCCCAGGAAGAGGGUUGGGCUGAAAACCCACAGGAAGGUAGACCUCCAGGAAGAGGGUUGGGCUGAAAACCCACAGGAAGGUAGACCUCCAGGAAGAGGGUUGGGCUGAAAACCCACAGGACGGUAGAUCUCCAGGAAGAGGGUUGGGCUGAAAACCCACAGGACAAUAGACCUCCAGGAAGGGGGUUGGGCUGAAAACCCACAGGACAGUAGACCUCCAAGAAGGGGGUUGGCAGCCCUGCACUAAAUAAGUAACAUUUUGUACCACUGACGUCCAAUAUAAUGAACUUAUAUAUUCAAUAUCUAUGGUGAUGUUUGAGCGAGCUAAUGAUAUGAUAAGAAUGUACUUUUGGUAAAGGAUGAACAGCACAUUUUUUAUAAUGAAUCUUGACAAAGGCAUGAUAUAUUUUAUAUGCAAUCACACAUAUCUUGACAAGAUAUUGAAUUUAGUUUCCAAUGGACUAGGGAGUGACUGCCUGAAGUUGUGCAUGGAUUUCAAUGCAAGUUUGACUUCUUAUGUUAUAAUUAUGGUAUCAAAUGUUAUUUUUUGGAGCUUAUUAACAACAGUUUGGGAUUUAUAUAUUUCUGCCGGAAAUGGCUCCUUUCUUCUAGCCUGGAAUCCAAACUGAAUCACUACUUUCACUGUUGUUUUACUUGAACAUUCGUGAAACGGUUGAGAUUCCCCGACUAGUACCUUUCUUCAGGUUUCAUGAGCAUGCCUUUCAUCUUCAGCACAACUCUUGAGAUUUGUUUCGCUCUUUUUGUAAUUUGGCGUAGUCGGCGAGUGGCCAUUUUUUUUUUAGCAUAUCAAGGAGGGGGUAUUAAAAUGGUGUUUGUUUAUAUAUCCAGACAGAGACAAGGUUUUCACUGUGGUUGCUCAAAUGGCGUUGUUAUAUAAUUCGAUAGAAAUCUGUGAGAACCUAUAUGAAGGUCUGUUUUGUUAGAAUUUCAUGCAAAUGUUUGGUAUGUCUGUGUAUUGUUUAUAAAAUUGCCUCCCAUUAAUAAGGUAUUAUUACAUUACCAUAUUCAUCAGUUGACCUGCAUGGCUUUUCGGUUUGUUUGUAAGGAAAUUAUGAUACUGUUUUAUUAUCAUUCAUACUAGCUAAUAGCCUUAGUGUGUUCAACAAAAUGUAUGAAGAUACAGUAUUCAUGUUGUGGCCCUCUGUGAAGUUAUUUUAAUCAGACUUAGUCCCGACCCAAGUGAUCUUUAUAUUCGUAUAGCCUAUUGUAUCAUAAUCAAAUGUUUUGUUCGUUACUUAUUUAAUCUAAGGAUAAUGAAUAUGACGUUAUCAUGAGUUUAACCGUUUUGAUACAAUUUUCAGAACUACAGUUUUAGCUUAUUUUAUCAUAGAUAUGCAUGAUCUACUCUAAAGUGGUGGUAGCCUAUAACCUCUAACACAGUUUAAAAUCAUUUGUUAAAAAGGAACUGUUGGACCUGACUGGUUUAGGCCAUCAUGACUUCUGAUUGGUCCAUUUGUCAUCUCACCCUUUUUUGAUUGGCUGCAGGAACAACAAUCAUUCGAUGCUAUUUUAUAAUUGGUCUGUAAUAGUGGCAAACAAAA